AUGGAAAAAGACGAGAUCAUCGCUGAGCUGAGCGUAGCGCAGACAAGUCUGCCGGCCGACGCAUACAACCUCACGUUGCGCGCGGUGAAUCCGGUAGACAUCCAAGUCCGCAAUCUCUCACUUGAGGUCAACACCACUCCUCCAAUAUGGGAGACCUCCCCAACACAGAUUUGGCAGCGACUACGGGGCCACCAACCCUCAAAAAACACCAAGACAGUCCUGGAUAACGUAUCAGCAUCCAUGCCAAGCGGAAGUCUCACAGCUAUCAUCGGAAGCAGCGGCUCAGGCAAGACCUCGCUGUUGAACCUAAUGGCCAGUCGGAUGAGUCUGUCCCGAACAAACACAAGCGGCACAACGACCUUCAACGACAACCCGGACAUCACGCGCAUUCGUAGCGCCUAUGUUAUGCAAGAGGACGUUCUCAUCCCAACGCUGACUGUCCGCGAGACUCUGCAGUACUCGGCAGACCUGCGUCUGCCGCCCCCAACCACGCCGGCAGAGCGCCAUGCAAUCGUGGAGCAGGUCAUCCUCGAGCUGGGACUGAAAGAGUGCGCCGAUACGCGCAUCGGUACAACCGCGCACAAGGGCUGCAGUGGCGGGGAGAAAAGGCGCACUAGUAUCGGCGUGCAGCUGCUUGCUAAUCCGUCGGUGCUGUUCUGCGACGAGCCGACUACCGGCUUGGAUGCUACGAGUGCGUAUCAGAUUAUCAGGACUUUGAAGAGGCUUGCGCUGGAUGGGAGAACAGUCGUUGUCUCGAUACAUGCGCCGCGCUCUGAGAUCUGGAGCCUUUUUGAUAACGUUGUUUUACUGGCCAGGGGGUCGGCUCUGUACAGUGGCUCGGUGGAAGGGUCAUUGGCACAUUUUCAGGAAUGUGGGCAUGUUCUUCCGCCGUUUGUCAAUCCGGCAGAAUUUUUAAUAGAUCUUGCCGCUGUGGAUAAUCGGACCGAGGCUCUUGAGGCUGCUUCGUAUGCUCGUGUUGAGCGGUUGAGAGAAGUGUGGCGGUCGAAGCAGGCUGUGGCGAUGGAGGUGGAAACGAAAGGAGAGAAGGCCUUGAAGGCUGGGGCUGAUGACUCCGAGACUGGAGCUGUGAAGAAGGUUUCGUUCCGUCGACAGUUUCGAGUUCUGACUUCCCGUACUUUCAGGACUACCAUCCGCGACCCGAUGGGGGUUGCUGGUAGUCUUCUGGAAGCCGUGGGAAUGGCAGUCAUCACUGGCUGGAUCUUCCUGCAGCUUGACGAAAGCCAGGCUGGGAUUCGCUCGCGCCAAGGUAGUCUCUACACUGCUAGCAGUUUGAAUGGCUACCUCAUUCUGCUGUAUGAGACCUAUCGGCUGACAGUCGAUAUUCGACUGUUUGAUCGGGAGCAUAACGAGGGCGUGGUCGGUGUGCCGGCUUUCCUUCUCAGUCGCCGGGCAGCUCGGUUACCACUGGAAGAUCUCCCUGUGCCGUUGCUCUUUGCUGUCAUCUUCUACUUUAUGGUGGGAUAUCGUCUUGAUGCGGGACAGUUUUUCAUCUUCUUUGUCCUCACUCUGCUCACGCACUACAUUGCCGUGACUUUCUCUGCUGUGGCUAUUGGCAUAGCGCGCAGUUUCCCCGGAGCCAGUCUGGUGGCCAAUCUAUCCUUCACGCUGCAAUCCUUUGCAUGCGGAUACUUUGUACAGUCGAACCAGAUCCCUGUUUAUGUGAGGUGGUUGAAAUGGUGUGCCUAUACCUUCUACACUUUUGGGGCCCUGUGUGCCAAUGAGUUCAUCGGACCGAAUGGCCCAGAGCCCGGGCAGUUCUACGCCUGCCCAUACUCUGAUGAUCCACUAGACCCAGCCUGUAAGCAAUACACGGGUCGCUACAUCAUGCAGAGUCUAGGAAUGCCGUCCAAUUGGAUUUGGCGGCCGAUCGUCGUGCUCAUAGCGUUUGUCUUUGGACACUAUCUCUUGGCUGCUUUGUUGCUGCAAUACAACCGCUUUGCCAUUGACGUUGCUCAAGCACGCAGAACGGAAGGAGAUCCAUCGACCAGAAAAGCCAAGCUAGCGAUCCGCCCCGCGGAAAAGGCGCGCAAGGUGGCAAUAUCGCUUGAUCAGUAUGCGCUGGAUAUCCGAAAGAAGCAAUACCUGUGGCAAGCCGCGAAGACACUGCAUAUCCUGAGACCCAUCACUACUGAGUUCAAAUUUGGAGAGCUCAAUGUUAUCAUGGGACCGUCCGGGAGUGGCAAGACAUCGUUGCUAAAUUCCAUAGCACGCAGGCUACACGGGUCCACAGGGACACAAUACCGUGUCCAUGGUAACAUGCUAUACAACGGCGCCAUACCCUCAGAGAGCGUUGUGCGCUCUGUGACAUCCUUUGUAACCCAGGAUGACGACGCGCUGAUGCCCUCGCUAACGGUCAGGGAGAGUCUACGGUUCGCCGCAGGUCUCCGCCUCCCCGUCUGGAUGUCGCGCGAAGAGAAGAACCAACGCGCGGAAGAGAUCCUCUAUAAAAUGGGACUGAAGGAAUGCGCCGACAAUCUCAUCGGCAGCGACCUGAUUAAAGGCAUCAGCGGCGGCGAAAAGCGCCGCGUAUCAAUCGCAAUCCAGAUCCUCACCGACCCUAAGGUCCUCCUCCUGGACGAACCAACCUCAGGCCUCGACGCCUUCACGGCAAUGUCUAUAAUCGAGCUCCUUCACAGCCUCGCCGCUGAAGGCCGCACCCUCAUCUUAACCCUCCACCAAUCUCGCUCAGACCUCUUCACCCACUUCUCCCAAAUCCUCCUCCUAGCUCGCGGUGGGUACCCCGUGUACGCAGGCUCGGGGGCGCAGAUGCUAGCACACUUCGCCGAACAGGGCCACGAGUGCCCGCGAACUACCAAUCCGGCAGACUUCGUCCUUGAUCUGAUUACGAUAGAUCUGCAGCAAGCAGACCGCGAAGCCGUCACGCGCGAGCGUGUGCAGGGUUUAAUCUCCCGUUGGCAGUCUAGUCCCCCCGAGCCAGCGUUAGGCCGUCAGACGUCGCAAAUUGCUACGCCCGCAGAGCUAGGUAGUCUGAAGCGACAUAUGUUGCCCUUCCGAAUUACAUUCCCGCUGGUUCUGCACCGCUCCUUCAUGAACUUCUGGCGCCAGCCGCCGCUGGUCAUGGCGCGGACGAUGCAAAUCCCAGGGGUAGCGAUUAUUAUGGCACUUUUCUUCGCGCCCAUGAAGAACGACUAUGCAGCUGUACAGACGCGCAUGGGCUUCAUUCAGGAGUUUGCGGCAUUGUAUUUCGUCGGCAUGCUCCAAAACAUCGCCAUCUACCCCAGCGAACGCGACGUCUUCUACCGCGAAGAAGCAGACAACUGCUACACAGUCUCGACGUUCCUCCUCAGCUACACAGCGAUCGAAGUCCCCUUCGAGAUCAUCUCGUCCCUCAUCUUCGCCGUACUAGCCGCCUACGCAGACAAUAUGCAGCGCACAGUAAAGAUGUUCCUCAUCGCCGCGUACAACUGCUUCUGCAUAAUCAACUGCGGUGAGUCCGUGGGAAUAGUAUUCUGCACUCUCUUCUCGCACGUCGGUUUCGCCGUCAACGUCGUCUCCAUCCUCCUCUCCAUCUCCACGAUCCUCGGCGGCGUCAUGAGUCUCAACGUCAAUGAGGUGCUGCAGGCGCUGAACCAUCUCUCGCCGAUAAAGUACUCGAUUGCUAAUCUGGCGCCGUAUUCGAUUCACGGACAAGUCUUCCAUUGUUCUGGUGCGGAGAGGCUUGCUAACGGGAAUUGUCUGAUUGAUUCGGGGGAGCAGGUGCUUCAGCUCUACAAUUUGGAUAAGGAUGGGCCGAUGAAUAUUAUGGCUCUGGGGGUCUGUACGAUUAUUUAUCGGCUUGUUGCUUAUGCGUUUUUGGAGGUUACGAGGUCGCACGGGGUUAUGGAGCGGUGGAGGGAAUGGCGGGCUCAGCGGAGUGAUACAUGA